CUGAAAAAAACCAAACGCAACAUAUGAUUUGUCUGUGUUAGUCUGUGUUUUGUUUUUUGUGGCUUGCUUGAUUUGUUUUUGAUUUCAAUUUCGACAAUUUUGACAAUUCAAUCAAUCAAUCAAACAACGAAUUAUGAACGAGAUCAAUGUACCGACAAAAUUAUCGGUUAAAACCGAUCAACAAUUGGAUUCGACAAAUGAUGGACAUCAAAUAAUCAAUGAUAAUGAUGGUUCAUGUUCAUAUUAUUCAUUAACAUCAUCAACAUCGACAUCUACGUCAUGUGAUAAUUUUCCACUAAAUAUUGCAUCUGAUUCAAAUAAUAUUGAAUUUUAUAAUCAUAAUCAUCAUAUUUCAUAUGAAUCAUUGAAUAAUAAUGAUAAAUCAUCAUUUAUAAAUCAUUGUUUAAUAACUACAAUUAAUAUGGAUCAAUAUGAAAAUAAGAAUGAUGAUGAAGAAUGUAUUAUACAUGUAUUUCAUAAAAUUGAAUCAUUAUUAAUGUCAAAAUAUCCUGAUCAUUGGGAAAUGUUGAAUUAUUUAUUUCGUGAUGAACAAUGUAAUAAUAUUGUAAAAGCAGAAAAAUUUAUUACAAAUGAUUGUUUAUGUGAAUAUAUUUGUCUGUUACAACAAUUAUUUCGAUUGAAAAAUAAUUCCGAACAAACAAAUGAUGAUCAAAGAGAUCAACAAGAAAUUUAUAAUCGAAUACGAUUAUUUUGUAGAAAAUUAAUGGCUAAAUAUCCUAAUAUUGUUUCAAUGUUUAUACCACAAUUAGCAAGUCUAUUGAAAAUGAAUAAUAUUGAUAAUGAUAAUUCAACAAACAAUGGUGUUGGACCUAAUCUUUAUUUUUCAAAUGUGAUUAAAACAAAUUUAUUCUAUUCAGAUUCAAAUCAAAUUGAAGUGCCUAUAUCCGAUAAGGAUUUAUAUCAAUUAAUCAAUUGGCUAUAUCCAGGUUAUAAUCUACCAAAACUUUUUCAAUUUAUUGAAAAUGCACGUCAUAUUUUGAAAGAUGAUUUAAGCCAUUUAUUUAACAACCAAAACAACAACAACAACCAAAAAAAUAAUCAUUAUCUAAAUAAUGGUAGAUCUUCAUCUCGUACCGAUCCAUUUAGUUUACAAUAUACAAUGCCUAUUAUUGAUCAUUUGUUAUUGUUUAUUUUGCAUGAAAAUCCACCAUGUAAACAAAGUAAAUCAACAACAACAACAACAACAACAAAUUACAAUACAAAUGAUAAUAUAAAUGUUCAAGCAAAUAAACGUAUGAUUGUUUUUUGUUUACGUGCAACAAUAUUUGAACAAACAUUACAAUGUUUUAAUCAUUGGAUUCAACAAUUUAAUGCAAAUAUUAUUAAUACUAAUAAUAUUGAUGAUAAACAACAACAACAACAAUCAUCAACAUCGAUAAAUGGUAAAGAUUGUCAUUUGUCAUCUGUGGAUAGAAAAGAUAACAUUGAUGGUAAUGAUUAUAAUGGUAGCCGAUUAUGGUCAUCAUAUCUUGUUAAUCAAUUAUAUAGAUUGGCCAUUGAUCUAGCAUUGUUAUGUUCAUCAUUUAAUCAUUUGGAUUUAGUUAAUCAAUUUUUAAGUCUUCAUGUUGCUGAUCUCGAUUUAACAGAAAAUUUAGAAUGUGCAAUGAAAGCAAUAAAUUUUGAAUUAAAUGAUGAAAAUGGUACAAUGUUUAAUGAACAUCAUUAUUUACCUGCUGCUGUUGGCCAAACAUUAACCGAUAAUCAUCAACAAUCAUCACAAAUUGUUGUUAUUGAUCAAUCGGAUUCCCUUGAUGAUGAUGAUGAUAAUGAUUCAUUAGAUUCAUUCAAUAUGCAACUUCAACCAGAAAAUUCUAAUAAUGAUAAUGAUAAUGAUACAAAUAAUGAUUUAAAUCAAAUGACAUUAAUGUUAAUCAAACGACAAUUAUUGGAAAAAAUACAAAUGAAUGGUCAACGUUUAGAAGCACCAAUCAAUAAUCGAUGGUCAUUUGAUGAAUGUUGUAUUUGUUGUGAAAAUCGUUGGCUUCUUAAACGUAUUUGUUGUUGUUCAUCUGGUGCUUGUUUAUCUUGUUUAAAUCGUUAUUAUACUGAACGAAUUCGAAUGGGACAAUUAAGUAUUGAAUGUAUUGGCCCUGGUUGUAAAUCAUUAAUCUAUCGUGCUGAAGUAUUGGCACGUUUAAAUGGUGAUAAUAAAGCAUUAUAUGGUAGAUUAUUAUUAAGUCAAUCAAAUGAAUCGGAUAGAAUUCGACCAUGUCCACGUUGUAAUCGUUUAUAUACAUUAUCAAGUAAACAUCAUACCAAAAUGAAAUAUGUUGAUAGAAAUUUAUUAUUUAAACGAUUAUUGAUGUGUGGUUUGGCAGCUCGUUUAUCAGCAAAACAAUCCAAAUCCUUCAAAGUAAAAUGUGAAGCAUGUCAUUAUGAUUGGUGUUUUAAAUGUCAUAGUCCUUGGCAUGAAGGCAUUUCUUGUAGUGAUUAUAUUCGUGGUGAUCGUUUGCUUAAAACCUGGGCUAAACAUUCUGAUUUGAUAACUGGUGAUGUUAAUGCUCAAAAAUGUCCAAAAUGCAAGAUUUAUAUACAACGUAUAAAUGGUUGCGAUCAUAUGCAUUGUAUUCGUUGUAAAUCGGAUUUCUGUUAUCGUUGUGGUGAUUCUAUUCGUCAUGUUCGUUUUUUUGGUGAUCAUUAUUCUCGUUUUAGUGUUUUUGGUUGUAAAUAUCGUUAUAAACCGAAAAAUCCAUUACAAAGAAAAUUUGUUCGUGGUGCUGUAUUGGGUAGUAAAUUAAUGGUAUUACCUGUUUUGACUACUGUAUGUCUUUGUACUGGAAUUUUAGUUCUUGCAUUUGGUGUUGCUGCUAUGCCAUUUAUUGGUGGUAUUUAUUGUUAUAAUUAUGUUCGUAAUCAACGUCACCGUACAAUGGUACAUCUUUAUAAUUAUAGCAUUAAUCGUCAAGAUCGCCAUAUCCAACAUCCACAGAAUCCACGUACAAUUGCCAUUAUCAAUGAUGGAAAUAAUCAAUCUAUUUCUUCAUCGGAUAUUAACAAUGAUCAUCAGGAUAAUAAUAUUGUUGUAAUCAAUGUUAAAGAUUGGCAAUCUAUGUAUGUAGAAUCACUUCCAGAAAAUAUUACAAAAAACAAUGAUAAUGUUGAUUCUUAAUUUUGUUUUCUGGUUAUCUUCAUCCAUACAUUCAUUCAUUCAUUCAUUUUGUUUACUUUGCCAUUUGUUUCCAUUUUAAAAUAAUCACAUCGAUACCCAUUCCAUCGAAUUGUUAAUAUUUGUGAUCAAUUUUUUUAUCAUUUUUUUCCACCUAAUUUUCAAUUUUAUGAUCUCGACACUGUUUACAAAUGUUUGUGUGUGUACUUCACUUGUUGUUAUUUGACUUAAUUUGUUUUGAAUUUUCAAAAAUUAAAAUUUUCAAAAAAGUU